AUGUUCCCGUGGAGGCCUCCGGCCGCGCUGGCCGCCUGGCUGGGGGGCGCGGGCGGGCGCGGGGGCCUGCUGGGGCUGCUGGGCCGCCAGUGCCGCUUCGUCACGGGCCUGCGCGUGCGGCGCGCGCAGCAGAUCGCGCAGCUCUACGGCCGCCUGUACUCGGAGAGCGCGCGCCGGGUGCUGCUGGGCCGCCUGUGGCGCCGGCUGCGGGGCCGCCCGGGCCAGGCCUCGGCGCUCAUGUCGGCGCUGGCGGGCGUCUUCGUGUGGGACGACGAGCGCAUCCAGGAGGCCGAGCUGCGGAGAUCCAUUGAUGAGAUGAAACAGUUGGAGGCAAUGUCCAGCGUCUUCCAGAGCCCUGGAGUUGGCCACCACCCUUCAGAACCGAAGCCUCAAGUGGAAGGGAAUGAAGAGUCGGGGGCCAAAGAGCAGCCAUGGGAAAUGGUGGUCGACAAGAAACAAUUUAAGCUGUGGCGUCGCCCAAUUGCUGGCUCCCAUCUUUACCAGUACAGAGUGUUUGGGACCUACACAGAUGUGACACCCCGGCAAUUCUUCAAUGUUCAGCUGGAUACAGAAUAUAGGAAAAAGUGGGAUGCCCUGGUAAUCAAGCUGGACGUGAUUGAGAGGGAUGUGAUCAGUGGUUCUGAGGUUCUUCACUGGGUAACUCACUUUCCUUAUCCUAUGUACUCCAGGGAUUAUGUGUAUGUUCGGCGGUAUAGUGUGGAUCAGGAAAACAACGUGAUGGUGUUGGUGUCACGGGCAGUGGAGCAUCCCAGUGUACCAGAGUCUCCAGAAUUUGUACGGGUCAGGUCAUAUGAAUCCCAGAUGGUUAUCCGUCCCCACAAGUCAUUUGAUGAGAAUGGAUUUGACUACUUGUUGACAUACAGUGACAACCCCCAGACUGUGUUUCCUCGAUAUUGUGUCAGCUGGAUGGUUUCCAGUGGUAUGCCAGAUUUCCUGGAGAAGCUGCACACAGCCACUUUAAAAGCCAAGAAUAUGGAGAUUAAAGUCAAAGACUAUAUCUCUGCUAAGUCUCUAGAAAUGGGUAGCGAAGCCAAGACCAACUCCCCAUCCUCUGAGCGGAAGAACGAGGGUAGCUGUGGCCCUGCCCGCAUUGAAUAUGCUUGAAGAGCUGUGGGACAAGGAGGACCAGGCUUCUCUACUUGUUCCUUUAUCACUCUGCUAUAGGCCAGAGUAUCUGCUGUAACCAUCGUGCAAGAGAAUUGAGUAACUGCGAUCUGAUUUUAUUCAGAGCCCUUAUGUUUAUCAAAAUAGAGAGAAGGAGGCAUCCUGAGGGCACUGUCAGGAUCUCAGGCCAGGCAUUUUAAAUUCAGUUUUUCACUGAGCUAAUCUGGAACGAACUUUCUACUUGAGGCCAGAAGGAGGCAACGUACUUGUGCUUCCUUUGAGUGAUUUUCUCUGCCAACAUUCCGGUUCCCACCAUCGCGUCUGCAGCAAUGUUGGGUUUCCUUCUGUUCUGAAGGUCCAACUGGAAACACGAUGGGCUGGUUGAGUCUUUCAGGAGGGGUCGUGGGAAGGCUCUUGGUAAGGCUUUUGUUGAAUAGAUGUGAACUGUUGCUUGGCAGUUAAGUGCCUUUUCUUUGCGUUUCUUCUCUCUUAAGGGACAUACAGUUCUUAAGCCCAUUGACUUAACCCAAUCCAAAGCAGUUUUUUUUGAAUUGACUGUUUCUUCUCUAUGCAUGCAUUAUCAUUACAUUCAU